AUUUACUUCUUAUUCAUUCUUCAAUUUUCUCAUUCUUAAUAGUGGUACACAAGAUCAUUCAACAAGGAUAGCUUGUCUCCCAGGUUUUUCUUUGGAUUAAGUGAAGAAGAUAAUUUAUUUGGCUGGAAAUGGGCAAGAAAGGAAGUGGUAAGUGGUUUUCCACAGUGAAGAAAGUCUUUAUUAAACCUUCUUCUAAGGAUUCGCCAACAGAUAAAAAGAAGGAAAAAAUAGAUAACCAAUGGCAACAUGAAGCUCCAGAAGUAGUGUCAAUUGAACAAUUUCCAACGGGGAGUUCUUCAGAUCAAACCAAUAAUCGAGAAAGCAACGACGAGUUAUCAUCUUCGUUGGCUGAAGAUCAAAAUCAUGACAUUCAUGUCGACGUGGCCACUGCUGCAGCUCAUGCAGCCGCUAAAGUUGUCAGAGUAACUGGAUAUAGCAGUCAUUUUAAAGAGGAAAGAGCUGCCACCCUUAUUCAAUCAUACUACAGAGGAUAUCUGGCAAGGCGCGCUUUGCGUGCCCUCAAGGGAUUGGUAAGGUUGCAAGCACUAGUGAGGGGGCAUAAUGUGCGCAAACAAGCGCAGAUGACAAUGAGUUGUAUGCAAGCAUUAGUACUUGUACAGGCAAAAGUUCGUGCACGAAGACUCCGUUUAGUCCAGGAAAAACUGCAGAGCAAGCUAGGAGAACUGAGAUUGCGCUCGAAGAAAGAAGAUGAGUACAAGCACAAUAGCCUGUUUAAGAAGCUAAAGACAGAAGGCUGGGAUAACAGGAACCAGAGCAACGAAAAUAUCAUGGAUAUUACUAGGAGAAAACAACAUGCUGAAAUGAAAAGGGAAAGAACUCUUGCUUAUACUUGUGCUUAUGCUUAUCAGCAACAAGAAAAGUGGUUGCACUCUGAUCCACAUGUUGAGGAAGAUGAUGAAGAGUUUCUUAGCAAUGAACAUGAAAAUUCAAGAGGUUGGAAUUGGCUUGAGAGAUGGAUGGCUUCUCAACCCUCUCAAUACUCAAAACACGUUAUGCCACAAGAGAGCUCCUAUGUUACAUUGUCCACUACAGAUGACAUAUCAGAGAAGACAGUAAAAUUGGAUCUAAACACCCCAUUGGGCUCAGAAGAUGUCAAUUUAGCCCAUCACAAAAGAAGUCCAUAUUCAUCAUGGCAGCAUUGUCAGUCCAAUAAGGAUUGUGUUCCUAGCUAUAUGGCUCCAACUCAAUCUGCAAAAGCAAAGGUAAAGAGUCCAGGCCCAAUAAAGCCCAAAAGCCCACCAUUGGCCCAAUGGAAUGCAACAACUAAGAAGGGGACAGCCCGUAGGUUGAGCUAUGACUCAUCUGCAAAAAGCCCAAACCCCAAAAAUUCUGCUAAAUGGAUGGCAACACAUAGCCCAGAAUCAAGUGCAGAUGACCGGGCCUCACCAAUGGGAGGCCCUGCUUGCAGAUAUAAUUUUAGUUAAGAUAAUUUUGUAGUAAAUAAAAAGCUCAAUAAUGGUUGUUAUGCAGAUCAAUUUUUGUAUUAUUGUAGUUUGCUGUAUUCUAGUUAACUUAUUUUGAAUUGUUGCAGUAAUUGUAAUAAAUAAUCAGCCCAAGUUUAUUUCCCAAUAUAAAUAAAAGUUCUA